AUGGACGUCGAGGGCGGAAUGCUCGGUGGAUCGAGGAGCGAUGCCUCCUCGCGCGCGUUCACGGCUCGGCCGAACAGCGUGACGUCGCGCGCGCACGCGUUCUACGCGCGUGACCCGAUGCGAACGAAGCAGAUCCUGGCGGUGGCGGCGGCGGUGUGCUUUUUGUUGGCGUUACGAUGCAGUUGGACCGCGGCGUGGGUGUUCGUCGCGUGCGCGGCGUCGCUCGCGUUCGCGGCGCACCUGGCGAACUGGGUCAUGCGCCUGGACGAGGGGAGCGAGGACAUGCGAGCGGUGAGUGAUGCGAUCAGGGACGGCGCCGAUGGGUUCUUUACGACGCAGUACGGGUUGAUUUCGAGACUGGCGGUGGGCGUGGCGGGCGCAAUUUUCUUCACGUAUCUGUUUCGAGCGACGACGCGCGAGCAGCAAGAGGCUGGUGUCGGGGCGUUUUCCAUGGCACUUUUGACCACGGUGAGCUUCAUUAGCGGUGCUUUGUGUAGCGGGGUGAGCGGGUACGUGGGGAUGUGGGUGAGCGUCCGGGCAAAUGUGCGCGUGGCGUCGAGCGCGAGGCACGGCGCGCGCGAGGCGCUCACAGUGGCGCUUCGCGCCGGUGGGUUUGCCGCGCUCAUCGUGGUCGGCAUGACCGUGAUGGGGGUGACGGUUCUCUUUGCGCUUUAUUCGUUCCUGUUCUCCGUCGGAUCGCCGGGUGGGAUGAGCGUGCACGAGAUACCUCUCAUGCUCGUUGGAUACGGUUUCGGCGCCUCCUUCGUCGCCCUCUUUGCACAGUUGGGCGGAGGUAUUUACACCAAGGCCGCAGAUGUCGGGGCCGAUUUGGUGGGUAAGGUUGAGCAAGGGAUCCCGGAGGACGAUCCAAGGAACCCGGCGACGAUCGCGGAUUUGGUCGGCGACAACGUCGGCGAUUGCUCCGCGCGAGGCGCCGAUCUCUUUGAAUCCAUCGCCGCUGAGGUCAUCUCCGCCAUGAUUUUGGGCGCCACCAUGUCCAAGAGCGCGGGUAUUGACGAUGCCACUGGAUUUAUCAUGUUCCCGCUCGUCAUCCAUGCUAUGGAUUGCAUUGUGAGCGCGUGCGGGAUCAUGUCCAUCAGCGAGACGUCCACUCGUCGCGAGGAUCCGUACAAGGUGCUCAAGGGCGGAUAUAACGUCUCCAUCUCACUUGCGGUCGUCGGCUUCGGCCUCGCGUGUCGCAUUAUGCUUGCCUCGGCCAAGUAUCCUGGGGCGUGGUUCUACUUUUACCUCUGCGGCUUGAUUGGCAUCGCGUGCGCGUACGCGUUUGUCUUCAUUGCGCAGUAUUACACCGAUCAUCAGUUCCCGCCGGUUCGCGUGAUCGCGGAAGCCUCCACCACAGGGCACGGCACGAACAUCAUCGCCGGUGUCGGCGUCGGGAUGGAGUCGACUGCAGCUCCCGUGAUCGUGAUCUCCAUCGCGAUCAUCAGCGCUUUCUGGUGCGGGAACUCGAGUGGGAUCGUCAACGCCCAGGGCACGCCAAUCGGCGGUUUGUUCGGCACCGCCGUGGCGACGAUGGGCAUGUUGUCCACCGCGGCGUACGUGCUCACCAUGGACGUGUUUGGCCCGAUCGCGGACAACGCUGGAGGGAUCGUUGAGAUGUCGGAGCAACCGGAAAGCGUCCGAGAGAUCUGCGACGAGCUCGAUGCCGUUGGAAACACGACAAAGGCGACGACAAAGGGAUACGCCAUCGGAUCAGCCGCCUUGGCGUCCUUCCUUCUCUUCUCCGCCUUCAUGGACGAGGUGAGCGCAUUCACGGGUAAGCCGUUCGAUCAAGUCGACAUCGCCAUUCCGGAGGUCUUCGUCGCUGGUUUACUCGGAGCGGCGCUCGUGUACUUGUUCUCUGCCUGGUCCAUCACCGCCGUCGGAAGAUCCGCGCAAGAGGUGGUGAGAGAGGUCCGCCGACAGUUCUCAGAACGACCCGGGAUCAUGACUGGCGAGGAGAAGCCAGAUUACGCGCGAUGCGUCGCAAUCGUCGCCGCGAGCGCCCUUCGUGAGAUGGUGCGACCCGGGGCGCUCGCCGUGCUCAGCCCCGUGGCCGUGGGAGUGAUUUUCAAAAAUUUGGGCGUCGCGACGGGGCAAGAGUUACUCGGCGUGAAGUGCGUCGCCGCGUUCUUGAUGUUUGCCACCGUGGCUGGUAUUUUGAUGGCGUUGUUCCUCAACACCGCCGGUGGGGCGUGGGAUAACGCGAAGAAAUAUAUCGAGACAGGGGCGCACGGUGGUAAGGGAAGCGAAGCGCACAAGGCCGCGGUGUCGGGCGACACCGUCGGCGAUCCCUUCAAGGACACCGCUGGACCGUCGAUUCAUGUCCUCAUCAAAAUGCUCGCCACGAUCACGCUUGUGAUGGCACCGAUGUUCAUUGAUUCCACCCGAGCAUAG